CCUAGCCACCUCCAUUCCAUAGGCACACACUCACUCCUCCGAAGUUACUUACAGCCCUAAUCCUCUCCCUCUCCUCUUAUGCAAGAUCUCUUGUGCUGCUGCUCUUUUCCCUUUUAACUCCACCCCAAUCCCUCUUUUGUCACGAGCGAAGCCGAAACCAGUAGAGCAGCAAAGAGCAAGAACACCACCAACAAAAGAAGGACGCAGCUCGGGCAAAGCAGGGCCAAAGCACAGAUUCCCGUCUAUUUUGCCACCCUCCCCACCGGUUCACCGGCGCAAGAUCCAUCCCCAGGUGUCGGCUGCCCGCAAUCCCCGCGAAAGAUGGCGCCUUUCUGAGGCUCCCCGGGGGAUUUCUCGUCGUUUGGUGCCCCCAAAGGCGGCGGCUUCCAGCGGCCCCUGCCAUCCCCGGCCAAUUCUGCUGAGGUGGCGGCAAAUGGGUUUAGGGCUCAAUCCGGCGUGCGCGGGUGUGUCUGGCCCGGUGGGGUGCGGUUCUUGAUGAGUUCUUGAGCUGGUUCCGGCGCUUCUCCCUGUCCUUGGAGCUGUUGGAUUGGUUUAGGGAAAGCUGGUUCUUGCUACCGUGGGUCCAGCGAGCUGUUUCUGCGGUUCUUGUGGAUGAUUUUUUGAAUCGGAUUGGUAGAUAUGGGGUUCUUGCUGUCUCUGGAUUAACCAAUUCGAUCGAAUUCUUGCGGCUUCCAUGGCGGAUUUGGGGCUGUGGAAGCAGGCGUGGAGGUGGAUGCUGUCCCAGAAGCACAUCCUGGCGUCGGCGGCGUGCGGCAGCAGGGAGCGGCUCGCCUUCCUGGUCGACCGGCACUGGCCGGCCGUGUCUCGGACCUGCGUGAGCUCCUCGCGCCUCGCGCUGGCGGCGCUGCGGCAAUGGCGCGGAUGUAUGGCGAGGGGGGUGCUGGCCGUAGCGAGCCUGGGCCCUGCGGCGGUGUUCGUGAUCCUGUGGAGCUUCUUCGUGUGUAUGACCUCGCCGGCGUGCGUUCUCUACGCUCUUCUUAGCCUGGGAGCUGCUGGCGCAGUUAUUCACUAUAUGGGCUAUACACCUGGCCUUUUCAUUGUAGGGAUGUUUGGAAUUUUGAUUAUGUGGAUGUAUGGCUACUUUUGGAUUACAGGAAUGCUUCUGGUUGCUGGAGGUUGUAUGUGCUCUUUGAAACAUGCGCGAUAUGUGAUACCUGUUUUGACUGCAUAUUCUAUUUAUUGUGUGGCUGUUCGUGUUGGAUGGCUUGGAGUUUUCUUGACACUCAAUCUUUCUUUCUUGACAAAUGAUCUUCUGAACAAGUUGCUGCAAGGACAUGACUACGAGGGAAGCACAGAAGAAAGACAAUUUGAAGAAAUGAAGGAUUCUGAUCCAGUCAUGGAUGAGUUUUAUCGUAGUUGCGAAUUUCCCGCGGCUCGUGACAGUGAACCUGAGACCGUGUCUUCUGCAAAGCCAUAUUGCUCAGCACCCACCCAAGAUGUGUUACAUGUACAAAAAGAGGAAUCUCCUAGUAAAGUAGUGAAAUCUGAUUCUAGUUCAUUGGAUGAGAUGAAGAGGGUAAUGGAUGGUUCAACCCAUUAUGAAGUUUUGGGCAUCCCUCGUAAUAGAAGCAUUGACCUAACGAUCCUGAAAAAAGAAUAUAAAAGAAUGGUCCUGCUUGUACAUCCUGAUAAAAAUAUGGGAAAUCCAUUGGCUGGUGAAUCAUUCAAAAAGCUUCAAUCAGCUUAUGAGGUCCUCUCAGAUUUCACAAAGAAAAACAGUUAUGAUGAACAACUGAAGAAAGAAGAAUCGCAGAAAAUGACACCCAGAUCACGUGUUGUGUCUCAACAGAGCGGGGUAGAGUUUCUCUCUGAAGAGUCCAGACGUAUACAGUGCACUAAGUGUGGUAAUUUCCAUAUAUGGAUAUGCACUAAGAGAAGCAAAGCCAAAGCAAGAUUCUGUCAGGAUUGCUCUCAGUAUCAUCAAGCCAAGGAUGGAGACGGAUGGGUUGAAAAUGGAUUUUCAACAUCCUUGAAGUUGGAAAUACCACGAGCAUUUGUUUGUGCGGAGAGCAAAAUAUUUGAUGUGUCUGAGUGGGCUACCUGCCAGGGAAUGGAGUGCAAACCUAACACUCAUGGUCCAACCUUUAUGGUAAACAUGGUUGGUGCAGAUAGGAUGUCCCAGAGAUCCUACAGUUCUCGGUAUCCCUUCAGCUUGGAUGCUGAGAUGAUCCCUGAAGAUGAAUUUGAGCUGUGGCUUCAGCAGGCAUUGGCAUCAGGCGUCUUCGCUGAUAGCCCAAAACGCAGGAAAAGCUGGAGUCCCUUCAAACUGCCUCAAAAAGGGAUUAAAAGUUGGCGGAGAUCGUCAUAAGGGUAUGACAUUAUGCAGCUAGGGUCUCAGGUGAUUACAGCAGUGGAAAGAAGGCAAUAAUACAAGACUUAAUGAAUGUAAAUAGACUAACACAAUUUGCCUGGAUGGGCAACUAAUUUUUGUUCGAAAGGAGUAACAGGACGUAAAAGGAACACUUAAAUGAAUAGGUGCACUGAGUCUCAUUGUUGAAAUUGGUUCUCUCUGCGACAUCCCAUGAGUUUUAUUGGAAAAUAUGCUGGGAUGAUACACUAUUCGUCCAAUACUCCUAUAAUCAAAACACGGGUAGUUCUGUGGCAUGUUAAUUUCAGUAGUUUAGGGAUCAACAUUCGGAAGAAUGAUGAAACUUCAUGCCUGGACUGGAAGAACGUCGAAACAUUCAUGACUGAAUUGCUGGAGCAAAUUCUGCAAGCAUUGAAGGGAUGUUCAUGUCAAUCGAAGUAAUAAUUUCUGGCCUAGUCUUUUUGGAGAACAGAAGGAAAGAAGAAUGAAAAGGAUAGUAGAGACCAGCUGUAAAUACACAAAAGCCCCAAGCAGGAAUUUACUCCUUGUAACAUUAUAUACUGAUUAAAUCAUGUGAAAAACUCCCAUAAUCCAAGUUUGUGCUGUAACAGGCUGAGCUCGCUCUGUAAUGUUCUCAUGGUAACAGAGGUCUAUUUUUCACCUAUUAUCACUGUCUGUUUCUUGUUGCUACUGCUAAUAUGUUCUAGUGAUAACGGAGGUCUGACUCUCACCUAUUAUUGCUGCAUGUUUCUAGUUGCUACUGUCAAUGUGGUCUGGUGGUAAUGAAGUCUAAUUCUCACCUAUCAUUUUUUGGUCAGUUUCUGGGUUUUUUCACAGCUGUUUCGCUGUUGUACUCUUUGAGUUGCCUCAUCAAAUGAUAAUUCUUGCAUCCUAUGGUUGGUCAACUUGUGAUUGCCUGUUGAGAGAAAAUAAUUGAGUUAUGAAUUAUAUUACUUGUUUUUCUU